AUGUCGCCGGAUCGGGCGCGCGCGCAGGCUGGCGAAAGAUCGAGGCAGGCUCGCCAUCGCCGCUGGCGUUCCGGUCGCGACGAACACCAUCAGCGCAUCGGCGAUCGCGGCAGCCAACCGAUCAGGAAUGGGGCGCGGUGCCAUGGCGGCGGGGGCCGGCCGAUCUCGGUCACGCCCACCACAUUUGGCGGGCGGGGUCAGCCUGCGGAACAGCAGUGGCGCCGGCCCGGCCUUGAUCGCCACCACAUGGAACCGACAGACAUCGGCUUCUUCCCCGCCUCGCGCGGCGCGCUCCUCACCAGACCGCCUCGGCCCCGCCACCGAGCGGCAUCCCUAUCGUCGGCAUCCCCGCCGCCGCGCGAUACGGUCGAUCGCAUCAUAAUCGCGCGCGGCCCGCCACCUCGAUCGCCAGCCGCUCCGCCUCGCCCGCCCGGCCGCCGCGCGCGAGCAGCAGCGCCGCCUCGUCGCGCAAGGCCGCACGCUGCAUGUCGGACAGCAGGAUGUUCGAUUGGCCAUGGUCGGCGAGCAGUCGGCCGAGCGACUGCACCGCCUCGCAUCGCCCCGGGCGAUCCGCGCCUCGAGGCCGGCGCGAUGCUCGCCAGAUUAUGGACGAUCCGCGCCGACGCGGCGGCAGCCAGCGCGCAGAUCGUUUGGUCGGGGGAUCGUUCAGCACCUGCGCGACUAGUGGCGACAGGCCGGGCUCGAAUGACCGCACCACCGUCUCCAGUGCGCGGCGCCGCUCGGCGACCGGUGCAUGGCGCAGGAUCGCGACCAGCAGAUCGAGCCUGUCAGGCGCGGAUAAUAGACCCGCCCAUCGAGCAGCCGCGCCAUCUCCCGCGCCGCCCACGCCGCGGAUGGGCAUCUUCGGCCCGACCAGCAAAGCCUUCGUCGCGCGCGAUGCCGGACGGACGCCCCACCACGCUCUCGUUCCAGCGGCCAGGAUCUGACCCAGCAUCAGCCCUAUCGGCCCCGCCACCCCGGGAUCGCGGCAGCGAAACCGCCAUGCAGAUCGGACCGCAACCACGCGUGAUAGGUCCAGCCAGUCAACAGCGCAUGGCCCAGCAGCGCCCAGCCCACGCCCAGUCCCGACAGCAUCGCCAUGCCGAUCCGGGCGAGGUCGAGGAUCGUCAGCGCCAGAUACCGCGCCGUCAUGGAACAAUAGCAAGCCGUGCAGCCGGGCAUCGCCGUCGGCCAGCGGCACCGCAGCGACGCCCGGGCCCGCCAGCCAUUCGCGGUCACUGCGGCGCGCGACAUGACGAACGCGCCGCUCACCCGAUGCGGCAAAGCGUCUCGAUCAUCGCGGGCGGCAGCAUGUCAGGCCGCCCAUACUCGCCCCCGUCACCGCCCCGCCGCGCAGCCAAGCACGCGCCCGUCCGGGCCCAGCCGGUAGCAGCUGCGCCAGCGCCCACGCCGCGCGGCGGGAUCGACCGAGGACAGCCGAGCCGCGGUCGCGAUGAUAUGGCCGGUGGUGCGCGGGUCGGUGGCGAUGCGGCGUUGCAGAUCGCGGUUGGUCCGCGUCAGCCGUUCAUGCGCAUCAGUCAUCGCCCGACAUCGCGCACGGCCUGUGCACCGCGCCGCAAUGCCUUGGCCAGAUGGCGUUUGCGCGACAGCGUCACCUCGCCGCCACCGCGACCACGCACCACAAUAGCGGCGGGAUCGACAGGUGCAGCAGCCAGUCAGAUAAUCCCGCUCGCUGCCAUCGCGGUGCGCCGCGAGCAACCAAAGGAGGAGGCGAUCACCGCCGCCGCGAUGCGGCCCCCGCGAUCCGGACGUUCCCGCCGCCACCGCGUCUUCCAGGCUGGCGCGCUCGUUCAGCAGUUCGGGGUCACCGCGGCGCCCCCGGGCUGCGUGUCGCAGCGCGCGGGCGAACGGUUGCUGCCCCGAAAAGCCGGGCCGGCUGAUCGAGGUCAGACCGCCCGACGCCUCGACCUUCCACCACAGGCCGAUAAGGUACGGUCAUCCCCGGGCUGGCAUUGGGGCCGUCACCGCCGAAGCGGUCGACCGUCCAUCCGCCAUGCCGGUCAGUUGUACCUCGCCCAGCGCCUCGCCGAGCAUCGCCUGCACCGUAUGGUUCUCGCGGUCGGCAAGCAGGAUGAGCGGUAUGCCCGUCGCAUCGCUGCGCAUAUGCUGCACAUAUUCGGCCUCGACCCGGUAGCUGAGCCCGAAGAGCGGAUAACGGCGGCGGAUCAGAUAAUCGAGGCCACCGGCCAGCGUCACGCUCCCCGAACUCAGGCGAUAGACGCCGCCCAGCGCUGCGCGCGACAGAUAACCACCGGCGAGCACCUGCGCCGGCGUGACAUAAUCGGGCAUGUGGCGGGUCAGCGCCACGGAACUGGGCCUCAGCCGGACCGCCGGUCAACAGCGCCGCCGCCGGUCACCCCGUCGUCGAGCGCCGGGGCGGCCAACAACUGGAGCCGCGCAGCAUCGCUGAGCGCGACCGCCAGACCAGCAUCGAUCACCGAUGCCGUCUCGCUGACUGGCCGCCCCCCUUCGGCCAGCUGA